AUGUCGUUUGGAAGUGGACUAACCUCUCUCGGUUUCCACUGGCCCCUGGGGGAGACCCUGUGUCGGGUCACCGCCCUUCUGUUCUACGUCAACACCUACGCAGGGGUCAAUUUCAUGACCUGCCUGGCCGUAGACCGCUUCGUAGCAGUGGUUCUCCCUCUACGUUACACCAGGCUCUGCCGGGCCCGGACCAUCCGCUACGUCUGCGUAGGGGUGUGGGUUCUAGUCCUGGUCCAGACGUUACCCCUCCUCUCCAUGACCAUGACCCGGGCCGAGCCGGACGGGACCACCACCUGCAUGGAGUACCCCAACUUUGAGAACGGGGCCGUGGAGGGACUCCCCUACGUCCUCAUUGGAGCCGUCGUCAUGGGAUACGGCAUUCCCGUUGCAACCAUCCUGUGUUGCUACUUGGUGUUGCUUUGGAAACUGCGGUUGGUGACGAGAAGUAGGGUCGGUGGGCGAGGUCACAGGUCAUUGAGGAGCCAGAAGGCGACGGGGGUGAUAGCAGGGGUAGUGUUGGUGUUUGUAGUGUGUUUCAGUCCCUAUCACAUCAACAUCCUGCAGUACAUGAUCCGAAAGCUGAGAUACACACCAGACUGUACCGAGCUCCAGGCCUUUCAGAUGUCUCUACACUUCACUGUGUGUCUCAUGAACCUCAACUGCUGCCUGGACCCCUUUGUCUACUUCUUUGCCUGUAAGGGUUACAAGAGGAGGGUGAUGAAGAUGUUGAGGGUUCAGGUCAGCGCCUCUUUCUCCAGCGUGGUCCGAACCGGGGAGGACACCCCCUUCAAACGGGGGGGGACCCGGGAUGGGAGGAGCAGGCUGGGUAGCCACACAGCUUGUCCUGUUGCUUUAGAUGAUCUUACAAAGACCAUUCCUGGGCCAGAGACUGAGACAGGACCC